AUGGCCAAUCCCUGCCCCCUCGCUGGCGAAAUCACGAACGCCGAGUCCAUCCUCUGGCACCGCUGGAAGCACUUCCACUCCGUCUCGGUCGCCCACGGCAACUCGAUAGCCCAGUUACAUGCCCUCCAACAAAGCAAUAUGGGCGGCCUUGCCCGCCCAAUCCUCCUCCUCCACGCCGAGAACUACGUCAACGAAAUGUCCCAGGCCGUGACUCGCGCCCACCAGACGUUCCAGGAACAGCUUGAUGCCGUGGAGGGGAUGUACGGCGCACACAGCAUGUGCCCUUGUCACCAGGUCCUGUACCAACGUGGCCCCCCUCGCUCAAACUCUCCGUCGUUGUAG